AGCAUUAUGCAAUAAGCAAUUGGUUUGACACGUCGAGUUGACGAACUAUAAAGAAAAUGUCUGAUAGUCUUGAAUACUACCAAAACCAAAUUGCCUUGACUAGAACAGAACUAAAAAAUUUAAGGCAAAAGCUGGCGGCACUUAAACAUGAGCACAGUGAAGAAAUAAAAACAGUCAAAACAAUGUUGAAUGGAUUUCAAUGUGCCAAUUGUAUAGAAACAGCUGCAGCAUACAUUUCGAAUCAACAAAGCCUAGAUACACCGUCACCAUCAGAAGACAUCUCAUAUUCUCCAAUAGGAUAUAUAGAAACAACCUUUGAGAAUAAACCUGCAGUACCUGGACAGCCCUUAGUUUUAUCCAAUGCUAAAGGUGUUGUUGUCCUAAAUACAGACGCAUUUAAUAACCCUGAACAUGCAUUAAGUGACUUAGAGGAUUUUUCCCAUAUGUGGAUAAUAUACCACUUCCAUUCUACUGCAAGUUCGGGUCCACGACCUAAAAUCUCGCCACCAGGUGGUGAGAAAAGCCAGGUAUUUGCCACUAGGUCUCUACAUAGGCCUUGCCCUAUAGGUCUAUCAUUGGUCAAGAUACAUAGUAUUGAAGGAAACAAAAUUAUUUUCUAUGAUGUGGACAUGAUUAAUGGCACACCAGUUCUUGAUAUAAAACCAUUCAUUCCACUUUAUGAUUUUCCAAAACCAUCAUAUUCAUACAUGUCCUUUGUUUGACCACUGUAGGGUCAAGUGAUACUUAGGAAUUAAUUAAUGUUCAAUAGUGCAAGACUUAAUACAUUGACUGGAUAGGGUAGUGAGUUUUAAGACUAGUAUUGAAAUGUUACUUUCAGAUGAUGCAAGGUCAUUCAAUGUAAAAACUAAAUACCAUGAAUACAGCUGUGUACUAGAAGAUUUGUCUAUAAGUUGUGUGUUUGAUUCUAAUACAUCUAUGUGUACUAUGGUAUCAGUAAGAAAUGCUGAAGAUAUGCAUUAACCAUUUUUAUUAGCAAACUAGAAUUUUAUAAAUAAAUUGAUUUUUCAUA